GUUCGGCCUCUGGAAGACUGCGUCAUAGUAGUGUUUCGAGAUUGACAGGCGCUCAGCCAAUCACAUUUCAGUGUAUGAACGAGGAGCCAAUCAUCUUCUGAUGACGAAGCAGGAAGUGUAAUUGUGUUAAAAUAUAUCGCCUUGUUUUACAUUGUUUUAAAGCAUAAAAACUGAGUUUUUGACAGAACAACAUAUUCCGUAGCGCUUGUUUAUUAUUAUGUAGUGAACAUAGACAAUUUUUCCGUCACAAAACGUGCUCAGUAGCGAUACAUGUCAUUGCAUGCAGCAGGAUCCAUCAGUAACUCAGGUGACCAACGCUGCAGCUGAUGGCAUCGGAGAGUAUAACCCAUUCACAGCCGGUGGUCUGAAUGGACGUACCAUACCCAUCUCAGCUGCAUCUCAACCAGCAGUUCUCCAGACAACAGCGGAGCCCAGUCCUCAGGCCAGUGUAGCUGCUGGACAGGCUGAGCUCAUCCGUCAGCAAGCGGAGCUGGAAAAGAAGGCCGCAGAGCUGGAGCGUAAAGAACAAAGGCUUCGGAAUCAAGAUUCAGCGCAUGGCAGAGAAAACAACUGGCCUCCAUUGCCAAGGUUUUUCCCGAUAAAACCUUGCUUCUAUCAAGAUUUUAAUGAAGAAAUUCCUGUAGAAUAUCGGAGGGUUUGCAAGAUGAUGUACUACCUUUGGAUGUAUCACAGUGUGACACUGUUUCUCAAUCUGUUGGCGUGUCUGGCAUACUUCACUGUAUCUACUCUGAAUGGAGUAGACUUUGGACUUUCAAUCCUCUGGUUUAUUUUGUUCACUCCCGCUGCGCUCCUCUGCUGGUACCGACCUGUAUACAAAGCCUUUCAAUCAGACAGCUCCUUCAGUUUCUUCUUUUUCUUCUUCAUUUUCUCAUUCCAAGUAAUAGUGUACAUCAUACAGAGUGUUGGGAUCCCCCGCUGGGGAAACAGUGGUUGGAUCAUGGCCAUCGCUAUGCUCAGAACUAAUAUAGCAGUGUCGGUGUUUAUGAUGGUGGUAGCUUGUUUCUUCAGUGUCAACGCUGUGCUGUCAGUCGUCCUACUGAAAAUGGUUCAUUCCAAGUACAGGCGGACAGGUGCAAGCUUCCAGAAAGCUCAGGAGGAGUUUUCACAGGGGGUCGUUUCUAACCGAACCUUGCAGACUGCAGCGGCCUCGGCUGCAUCUUCAGCUGCACAGGGAGCCUUCCAUUAACAGCCACAGAUGCUGUGAAUUAAAGACUGUGUCUCAUUACAACAUGAUUCCAAAAACUUCCAGCAAACUCUGGUGCAAUACAUUCAUUUGGUACUGAAAAUAUGUGAUGGUAAAGUAGUUUUACCUGGCUUUGGAUUGGUGAGAAUAUGGGUUGUCUAUCAGGAUAUAGGCUGUGCUUUCCUCCUGUAUUCCUUUUAAUUUAAUGAAGGCAAAAAUAUUGGUGUUUUUAUUCACAAGUUAUAUUCAAUUAAAGUGUUUUGAAGGCACCGUCUCUAAUUUUGGUCAAAUUUGAAUUUACAUUGAAAUUAAUGUCUUAUUGUUGAGUUAAAGUUGAGUCAGUAUGUUUAAUUGUACCCCCCUUUGCUAUACUUUUUGUAUUUACAAACCUUUUAGUGAAGUUUGUGAAUGCGGUGUUACAUAUUGUUUAUCGUUUAAAUUAUUUUACACUGAGUCUUAAAAUCCCAGCAAACUUUAGCUGUAUGUCGACAUACAGUUAAAUAGUAGGUGUUCGAAGCAAGAAUCUUUCUUUUAGCUUUUGAAAUAAAUAUUGGGGAUGUUGGUGGCCCUGCUUCAAUAGUUGUGAACUGUAUUUAUAAUGAAUAGUACUGUUGUGAUAAUGUGCUCAUCUGUUUGUCACUUUUACUGUCUUGUUACAUUCUUAAACUGAUGUGAUGGUUUUGCAGUGUUCUCAACUAUGAACAAAAAUAUUUGUUUUUAAAUUAAGGAUAUCUUAUGUUACUCUGGUUGACUUGGGUGGGCUGCUAAUCUGUGUUUGAAUGUUUAAUUAAAUGUAUUAUGUUUAUGUGGUUCA